CAGGGAUGUUGUUUUUUACUCAGAUCAGCCAUGCAGCUUGGUGUUUGGGCGUAGAUGGGUUUCUUCGGGGGAAAAGGGAACAUCAUGAAGAAAGUUGGACUUAUUGGGGUGCUGCUUUUACACCAGGGUAGAUCAUCAUCUGGUUGCUAUCCUCACGUUAAUCUUGUUAAGGAUGAAAAAAAGUGUAUGAAAGAUCUAAUACUGUUCGUGGAACAAAAAGCAAAAGUAAACAGCAGUGUGCAUUGUAAGGGGAUGUGGGACGAUUUGCACUGCUGGCCACCUGCCUCUCUGGAGGAAACCAUCUCUCAACCAUGCCCAGAUUUCUUUAAUUCAGAAGGUAAAGUGCAUCGCAACUGCACCACCGAUGGAUGGACAGACCUUCUCAUUCCAUAUGAGGAUGCGUGUGGCUACACUUUCAAUGAGUCGCUCCACUUUCUGGGAGAGCCCCCAGAUUCCCAUCUGUAUUUCUCCUAUGUGAAGACCAUGUACACCAUUGGAUACACACUCUCUCUUAUCACUCUUACCAUCGCUAUCACCAUCUUCUGCCUGUUUAGGAAGCUGCACUGUACCAGGAAUCACAUUCACAUCCAGUUGUUUAUCUCCUUCAUCCUGAAAGCCAUGUUCAUCUUUAUCAGGGACAGUCUCCUUUUUACCAAUGAAGAGUUCUACCACUGCGACAGCUACCCAGUGGCUUGUAAGAUUGUCUUGAUGUUCUCCAACUACUCCAUCCUUGCCAACUACAGCUGGCUGUUGGUGGAGGGUCACUUCCUGUUCACCCUGGUGAGCCGAUCCUUCUUCUCCGUGAAGAAACACAUCGCCUGGUACAUCCUCCUCAGCUGGGGUGUACCAUUUAUUAUUAUUGUCUGCUGGGGAUGUGCUAAGUUUUUUUAUGAAGAUGAAGGAUGUUGGGAAACCAGGAGACAUGAAUGGAUUUGGUGGAUACUACGAGUGCCAGUUCUUCUCACCAUAUGUGUGAAUCUCUCCUUUUUCUUGGGUAUUUUGAGAAUACUGAUCAGCAAACUCAGAAUGCCAGAUGCACACCGGAGUGAAUUUAGUCAGUAUAUGAAGCUGAUUAAAUCCACAUUUUUCCUGGUGGCUCUGUUUGGUCUGCACUGCAUUCUGUUUGUUUUCUUACCUGUCGAAGUCAGCAGCUCUGUAUUUAAGAUCUGGAUGUUUGCAGAGCUGGCGCUGUCAUCCACACAGGGUUUUGUGGUUGCUGUUCUCUACUGCUUCAUGAAUGGAGAGGUGCAGCAGGAGUUUAAGAAGAGAUGGAAAAGAUGGAAGCUCACUCAGCACCUUCCCAGUCGGCGUCGUCAGCAUCACGGCUCUAUCAGCCAAAUUGGGUCACCUCACACACAGGUCUCCCUGCUGCCCUCUUCUCCAGGCAGUCUUACGACCACUGGAUUCCCUACAGAUACUCUGGAGAUGUGAAACUAGCUCUGUGUGAGAACUUUUGCUGAAAUCUUAUACAAACCAAAUUUGAUUGAAAGUGAACACUUACUGGAUAGCUUACUUUUGCCUUUGUGUGCUGAAUAAAAAAAAUCUUACCUGACUGGACGAGGGUAGGUCUUACAACAUUUUUUAUCUACAUCGCGUAGAACUAUAAGCAAUACCCAGCAUUUCGAGAUGAAUAAAAUACUCUCUGACACAGCAUAUAGAUGAGAAAGCAUACUUCCUUUAAACGCUAGUGUUUUAACUAUUUUGUACAUAUAUUGGAUUGAAGGAAUAUCUUUGGUUUUUAACAAUCUUUUUCCAUUUUGGCUUCAUCUUUGUUUAAUAAAUAAUUACAUGGUGAAAA